CAUUCAUAUAGUUACUGAGAGCCUAUAAAAGCCCGGCAAAUUUAUAAAAUUUCCAAGCAGAAUUCAAAAAUGCUCUUUUAUCUCAUCUCUGCUAUAAUCUUCACCACUGUAGCUUUUGCUGCACCUACUCCUGCUCCUACUCUAACUGUUGCUGAGGAGAUGGAGGCAAUUUUUCAAAAUUUGACGGAAGAAGCUCAAAAUGAUUAUUUCCAAAUUCUCUUCGAUCACACAUUGACCCUUGCCGAGUUGGACCAAAAGUGGGACGAGUGGGCGGAGAAGCACGGAAUUGCUGACAAAUGGGCUGUAUACACUUCCAAAUGGCAAGCCAGAAAAGAAAAGUUCAAUGAGACCACAGUCUCUGUGAUUGAAAGACUUCCAUCAACUUACAAAAUGCUUUCUGAGAUCACCGCCAACAGAAAUCAAACUCUUUCUCAAGUUGAAACCGCUUUGGAAGAACUCAAGGAAAAAUUUAAUUUGGAAGUUCAACUUAUCCUUAUUCUGUCAAAAACUCUCAUUCUCAAUGAGGAAAUUGUGUUGGGCGGUGGACCGAUUGAAGUUGGAAAUGAGGUCACUGGAAACUCGUUCAGAAGAAUGAGAGAUUUCAAGAAUAAAAAUAGAGAUGUGAAAUCUCUCCUGAUUCCAGGACCACUUUAAACAACUGCUUUCACGUUUUUUUGUUGGACUUUUACACUUUUUGUAUAUGUGGGAAUAAAUUAUAAUUUCUAAU